CCGGCAGCAGGAGCUCUCUGCCCUGCCGUCCGAAGAGUCACUUCAACAAAGUAGCCAAGGUCAGUUCCCCAUAACUCAGAAUGUGACGGUGGUGGAGGGGGGCACAGCCAACAUGACCUGCCGUGUGGAUUACAAUGAUAACACUUCCCUCCAGUGGUCAAACCCUGCACAGCAGACCCUGUUCUUUGGGGACAAGAAAGCUCUGAGAGACCACAGAAUCGAGCUGGUGCGCGCCUCGUGGCAGGAGCUCACCAUCAGAAUUGGUGACGUCAGCCUGUCAGAUGAGGGCCAGUACACCUGCUCGCUCUUCACCAUGCCUGUCAAGACCACCAAGGCCUUUCUCACCGUUCUGGGAGUGCCAGGGCGGCCCGAGAUCACAGGAUCCACCAAGCCUGCCAUGGAGGGGGAUUUAAUUACCCUGACGUGCACCACAUUGGGCAGCAAACCAGCUGCCAACAUCCGGUGGUUCCGCAAUGACAAGGAGGUCCAAGGCACUAAGGAAGUGAACGCCACAGGAAAAUCAUUCGCAGUGAGGAGCAGCCUCCAGUUCCACGUGGACAGACGGGACGACGGCGUUGCCUACACCUGCAGCGUGGAGCACGUGUCACUGUCCAACCCCUACAUGACAACUGAGGUCCUGGAGGUCCACUAUGCUCCCCAUCUGGAGAUCACACAUUCACUGAUUAUUCCACAGGAAGGGCAAUACUUCAAACUGGAGUGUGUUUCCAUAGGCAACCCAAUACCUGAACCGGUGCUGUGGUCUAAGGAUGGGGGAGAGCUGCCAGACAUUGAGCGUAUGAUUGUGGAGGGAAGGGAACUAACCAUCACCACACUAAACAAAACAGACAAUGGCACAUACCGCUGCGAGGCCAGCAACCACCUGGGGACCAGCACUGCUGAAUAUAUACUGUUUGUAUAUGAUCCUAACGCUUUAGGACAACACGGACCUGACCACGCUCUAAUCGGCGGCGUUGUUGCAGUCGUGGUCUUCAUCACCUUGUGUUUGAUAAUAGUUCUUGGACGAUAUCUGGCCAGACAUAAAGGGACGUAUCUAACGCACGAGGCCAAGGGAGCAGAGGAUGCCCCCGAUGCAGACACAGCCAUCAUCAACGCUGAGGGAAACCAUGUGCAUGCAGAGGAAAAGAAAGAGUACUUCAUUUAGACCUCUGUUACUCUUAUCCUCCGUUUCAUGACAAUUUUAAGCUGCCUCAGCAUCACUGUCUGUUUUACUUUACUUAUUGUUGUACUUAUUAUUCUUUUCUCUUCUCCAGAAAGCUCCUGCUUGGAUAUCCUUGUUUUCAAAGCAUUCGCUGACUAGCCUUCUCCUUUUGUAAUCAGUAUAGCCCACGUACAAUUGGAUUACGUCCAUUUCAGUUUUACGGUGCCUAAAUGCUGUAUAUUUUUCUGCAUUUCUUUUAUCGCUUGCAUUAUCUCCAUUCUCUCUUACUUCACCUGUUAUACAACCUUUUUGCAGAUUUUUUAAAAAUUCAGAAGCAACAAGAAAUGUGCUUCAGUUCAACUUAAGAGUCAAGUCUUAGCCUUGCAAACUGUUUAGCUGUGAGAACAGAGU